AUGUAUCUUCAUCAGUAUGAUUAUAUCUUCGCCAUCGGCACUCUGUUUGCCAUGUUGGAUGCCUUCAACAACGGUGCAAACGAUGUGGCCAACUCGUGGGCAACCAGUGUCUCUUCGAGAUCCAUCUCGUAUCGACAGGCAAUGGUCCUCGGUACCAUCUUCGAGUUCCUAGGCGCCGUCACCGUCGGAUCCCGGACAGCAGAGACGAUCAAGAACGGCAUCAUCCCCAUCAGUGCGUUCGGUGGUAAUGCCGGUGUGCAGAUGAUGGCUUUCACUUGUGCCCUGGCCGCGGCCUCCUCUUGGGUGAUGUGGUGCACUCGCCACUCGGCUCACGUCUCCUCAACCUACUCCUUGAUCUCGGCCGUAGCAGGUGUGGGUGUUGCAACAGUUGGUGCCUCCGAGGUGCAGUGGGGAUGGAACGGCGGAAAGGGUCUGGGCGCUAUCUUUGCUGGUCUUGGAAUGGCCCCUGUCAUCUCAGGCUGCUUUGGAGCAAUCAUCUUCAUGCUCAUCAAGGUGAUCGUGCACAUGCGUCGCAACCCCGUGCCAUGGGCUGUCUACAGUUCGCCCUUCUGGUUCCUCGUCGCUGCCACCAUCUGCACCCUGUCGAUUGUCUACAAGGGCUCACCAAACCUGGGCCUGAGCAAGAAGCCCAUCUCCUACAUCGUCGCCGUGACUAUGGGCUGCGGUGCUGGUGUCUGUGUUCUUUCUGCCCUGUUCUUUGUUCCUUACGUCCACGCAAAGGUGAUUAAGAAGGACCACUCCGUCAAGUGGUAUAUGGUUUUCAUGGGCCCCUUGCUACUCAACCGCGCUACCCCCACCGACGGUGAGGAGGCCAAGGUCCCCAACUACGCCGUUGUGCAAGACGAAUACGAGGAUGAGGCGUCCUCCCACCACGCUGGCUCCAUCGACAAGGAUGCGCACACUUCUACCUCGCCAGCUGAGGACACAGAGAAGAACAUCGUGGAGGUCGAAGCCAACCAGCCCAGCUACAAAGAGGUCAUGGCCGCGUCUGAAGCCAGACACCGUGCGAAGCUCCUGCAGAGCCGUGGUCCUCUCGGCUGGGCUAUGCGCUUCCUCCAAGAUAACCCCAUGGGACCCGGUGAGAUCUACGAGCUCCGCAACAUUUGGAUCAUGGUCAAGCGCAUUCCUCCCACUAUUGUCUGCGGUCUGCUUUACGGUGCCCACUACGAUAUCCACAGUGCCCAGAGUGGUAUUGCCGGCACACCUGAAGGCGAGCGGAUGAAGCGCGUCUACGCUGCUGCCGAGAAAUAUCCCAACGAAGUCGAGCACACCUACUCCUUUAUUCAGGUCCUCACUGCCUGCACUGCAUCCUUUGCACACGGUGCCAACGAUAUCGGUAACUCCGUUGGUCCCUGGGCUGCCAUUUACGCUGCCUGGUCCACCGGCGAUCCUGCCGCUGCUAAAGCCACUGUCCCGGUCUGGCAGCUUGCUGUCCUGGCGCUGUGUAUCUCAAUUGGCCUGAUCACCUACGGAUACAACAUUAUGAAGGUCAUGGGAAACAAGAUCACCUACCACUCCCCCAGUCGAGGCUCUUCCAUGGAGAUGGGCGCUGCUCUCACCGUUCUUGUCUUCUCACAAUACUCCCUCCCCGUCUCAACAUCCAUGUGUAUCACCGGUGCCACUGUCGGUGUUGGUUUGUGCAACGGUUCCCUCAAGGCUGUCAACUUCCAGCGUGUUGGUCUUCUGGCGCUGGCUUGGUUAAUGACGAUUCCUAUUGCUGGUACCUUGGGUGGAUGUCUCAUGGGUCUCUUCCUCAAUGCCCCACACUUUUAG